AUGGCGUCCAAGAUGAUGCUCAAAAAGUUGCCUAAUUUAAAAGAUUAUGAUUCUGUGCAAAAGUUCUUCAUUCAAGAAGUUCAACUGGGAGAAGAACUCCUGUCACAAGGUGAUUUGGAAAAUGGAGUGGAACAUCUUAGUACUGCUGUGGCAGUUUGCGGAGAGCCAGCUCAUCUGGUAGAAAUAUUAGAGCAACAACUUGCUCCUCAUGUUUUUGCAAUGUUGAUGCAAAGGCUUCCUGUUAUCAGUCGGAGAAUUGUAUCGAAUAUGACUGCUCGUCGUAUGCAAGAAGAAGAUGUUGAAUAGAGAAUUAUUUUAGUCUAAAAUAUAUUUUUCAUUAUCAUUGUAGAGCGUUCAAGUAAUUCAAUUGCUAAAGCUGGACUAAAAUGUAUAUAUGAAAUAUGCUUAUUGCAAUUACUCAUGCACUCAGAAGAAAUUAAACCAAAGUUUGUUACAA